AUGCCAGACAGACUGCUACCAAAGAUCCAAUGGAAGAAUCAGAAUCAAUAUGUUGACUAUGGAAAGAAGCUCAAUCUUAAUCAGAUUGGAACAACUGUCCCAGCUACUGUUCCAGCUAUAGUUCCUGGAGCUUCAGCAUCCACAAGUGUAGCAUCAAGUGUUGCAGGAAGCGUUGUGAAGACUGGCUAUUUUGAUAUGUCAAAUAUCUUCCACAAUGCUAUCAAGGGAAAGGAUGAGAAUGGCAAUGAUGUCUAUCUUAUUCCAUGUCCCGCUGGUAUGACAAAUGUCGAACUUCAAGCCAACUGGCACUAUGCUAGUGAAGAUGAAGACUUGCCUGAUCUUGCUACUGAAGCAGAUCGAGGUCUGCAGUUCAUCCAAAGUCGCAGAAAGGAAAGAGAUCCAUUUGGGUUGUACAAUCAUGUCAUCAUGGACAGUGGUUGUACAAACACCACCAUUUGUAAUGUCUCCCUCCGGACCUUACCUACACCAAAAUUUGAACUGUUCUUGAAGCAUUUGGAAGCUGCAGUUCUAGACUCCAUGACUGGCGAUGGAACUUCUGUCGCGCCUACUGGUUCUGACUUCAAGUUCAAAGCCCCAGUAUGCGAUCUAUUUACUGGCAAGCCCAAGGAAUUUUGGGGUUGGUGGCAAUCUGUUCUAUUGGCGUUCGAUCAGUCUGGCAUUUCUGAAGCCUUGACUGAUCCAGAAUACCACAACAAUAGUAACAGUGCUGCCAAAGCGUCUAGUGCUGGACGGUAUGCCAUUGCAAAAAGUAUCCAAGGCGGUCACACAUUCAAUACUGAAGAGAACCAAGCCCAUUUCAUGGUGCAUGCAAUCGACAGUUUGAAUGAGAUCAAGUUGGAUCAUACUAAGCAAGUUCACAAAUUUAUCAACGAUUGGAAACAAAUUAUCAAUCUAUUGAACAAAAACAAGAACCAGCUUGUGACCAACCGAGAGAUCCUACAUGCCUUUGAAGAGUCAAGACAAUUUAUUCUUAGAAACCCUUUGAAGACCAUUGAUGAUUACUUGGAUCAUAUCCGAAAUCAAGCCAAUUCGAUGAGGAUGCUAAGUGGCGACCCCUCAAUCCAUGAUGAUGGGGACAUUGUCCCUGGGGUGAUCUGCCGGGCCAAAUCUGGAACCAAGCCCAAGGGAUCCGAACCUCCCAAAUGGCACAUUCCAUUUUUCCCUAAUGGAUGGAAGCAAGCAUUGGGACAGGGAGCCUUCAAGCGUUUGGAGGAGUGGCGUUGUGCCGCCCAUGGUACUACUAAGCGUCCAUGCAACCUCGAGAAUGAAUUCGAUAUGAAGAAAGUUCGUAACAAGUCCUAUGAUCCCAACCUUGAUCGAAAAACAAAGAAAGCUUGCCGAGGAGCUACUGACACUGAGGAAGACGAAAAUUCUCAGGACGGCACCACUGAUUCCAGAUUUCACAAGUUCAGAAUUGUGAGUGCAAACCCCCGCCUUUGA